UUGUAAUCAACCUGCCAAACGUUAUCCCCUUAGACCGGUUCCUCACCCGCUCAAAAUCCUCCUUCUACAUCAGUUUCUGUCACUGAACUCUAUACUCUUUCGCAAAGGAAGAGUUCAAAGAAAAUCAAAUUAAAAUGUCAAUCUCAAUCUCCUCCCUCACCUCAUCCUUGUCUUCGCUUUCAUUCUCAUCACAAAUUUCGCAAAAACCAAACAGUUUCUCAUUUCCACAAUCGAAAUCCCUUUCCCUCUCCCUCUAUUCGAGACCUGUUCGUCUUCGUGUAUUGGCCACCGUUGCCUCUCCCGUCGAAUCCGAAACUCAAGACUUGAAGAAAUUAGUUAAAUCAAGGCUCCCCGGUGGAUUCGCCGCCCAAACUAUCAUCGGCACGGGCCGCCGUAAAUGCGCCAUUGCUAGAGUGGUUCUUCAAGAAGGCACAGGCAAAGUUAUCAUCAACUACCGUGACGCGAAGGAAUAUCUUCAAGGGAAUCCUUUAUGGCUUCAAUAUGUUAAAGUCCCAUUGGUAACUUUGGGGUAUGAGAAUAGCUAUGAUGUAUUUGUCAAAGCUCAUGGUGGUGGCCUCUCAGGUCAGGCACAGGCAAUCUCCCUUGGCAUUGCCCGUGCAUUGCUGAAGGUGAGUGAGAGCCACAGAUCCCCUUUGAGAAAGGAAGGGCUUCUCACCAGGGACUCGAGAAUUGUUGAGAGGAAGAAGGUUGGUCUGAAGAAAGCUCGCAAGGCACCCCAGUUUUCUAAACGUUGAGUUGCAAUUCACGGUUAUAUGUCUAUUAUAGGCUUUUGUUUAUAUACAUUCUUUUUCGUUGUGCAUGUAAGCAAAUCAUGUUACUGUUUUUGGGUUCAGAAAUUUUGUACUUUGAACGCUAGUGGAAUGUUGAAAAACUUUUGCUAUUUGAUUUUAUUGGCACCAAUUCUUCGCCUGGAA